AUGUCUGGCUCAUACGUCCUCCUCCAAUUCGGAUCAGAUAUCUUCAACCAUGGAUUUGAGGAUCUCGAGAGCAGACCAGCAUUCACAGUAGUAAAUUUAAUUGUUCACAUCGCUCGCGAAGCGGCCUGGAGCCAGCAGCAUCCAGAAAUCAUGGGUCCCAGCAAUUCUUUCUUGUAUUUCGGCCCAUCAAAAACACCAGGAUACCUUGUGUACGGUAAUGGGCCGGAGAUCACGCUAUUUUACGGCGCGCAGAAUGGUAAGGAGCUGAAGUGGAAAGUUUUUCCUCAAAAGAUGGAGUGCUUUGAUGGACGCUCUACAGUCGCUACAUGGGAGCUCAGCCUUACUAUGGUCACUGAAAUUUUAACCACUUUGUUUCUGAAUCGCAUAGCUCUGGUUUUAGACUGGAAGCUGUAA